AGCAACGCUCAGUCACUCAGUGAGCGCAGUCAGUCUGUACCCGGAGGUCUGACAGUCGGCUGUGUAAGGAUGGAAGGCAAAAAUAACGAUGCGGAAGCAAAGAAAGAGCCACCAACUCAAGACCUAAUCCAGCACAUAAUCGGCUCGUUCGGCAGAUAUCAGCUAUGUCUGUGCAUAUUGAUAUUCCUCUCGAAAUUCCCCAUCGCCUGGCAUCAGAUGGCGAUCAUAUUUUUAAGCCCAAAAGUGGAUCACACGUGUGCCAGGGGAAAUGCAACCUGCCCUUGUCCGGAACCCGAGUUCGACACGUCCAUGUUCACGAAUACCAUCGAGAUGGAGUGGAACCUUAUCUGCGAGAAGAAGUGGCUGAACAGUUUCAACCAAACCCUCUUUCAACUGGGGACUUUGAUUGGCAGCGUACUAUUUGGAGCGGCUUCGGACAGAUUUGGAAGAAAGAAGCCAAUGCUUCUGGCGGUGGUGGUCCAAAUAGCGAUGGGCAUAGGAGCAGCGUAUAUGCCGGACUACUGGAGCUUCACUUUCGCGAGGUUCGUCAUCGGAAUGACGGUCGGAGGGACCAUGGUCAUCGGAUUUGUGAUUGCCAUGGAGUUCGUUGGGACCCAGUACCGAGAUAUCGUCUCAGCUCUUUACCAAACGCCGUUCAACUUGGGCCACAUGACGCUACCUUUGUUCGCUUACUUCUUCAGGGACUACAGCACUUUCCAGAUGGCUAUAUCGGUUCCAGUGCUCGUCCUCCUAAUAUACAUCUGGCUGAUCCCCGAGACGCCGAGAUGGUUGAUCGCAGUGAAGAGGACGGAACAAGCCAUUGGGAUUUUGGAGCGCGUGGCUAAAAAGAACAACCGUCCGACAGAGAAUAUUCGCUCGAGCGUGGAGGCAUAUCAGGAGUCCAUAAAAAAGGAUCAGCUCAAGAAAGGAAACCUCCUCGAUCUGUUCCGAACUCCAAACCUGCGGAAGAACAUUCUGGCGAUGUCCUUCACCUGGCUCGCCUGCAGCUACUGCUUCUACGGAGUAUCCCAAUACGUGGGACAGCUAAGUGGAAACGUGUUUAUCAACGUGGCGGCCACCGGCUCCGUCACCUUAGUCGGUACAAUCGUGUCCAUACCUCUCAUCAGAGCUGUGGGUAGGAAGACAAUUCUGAUAGUGUUCAACGCGAUUUGUGCUACGUGUUUGAUAGUGCUGUGUUUUGUGCCCGAAGGCGUUGGUUCCGUGGUAUGUGCCAUUAUAGGUGUGGUAAGCAGUUUCAUUGUUUUCGUAACUGUAUAUUUGUACUGCACGGAACUGUUUCCGACUGUAGUUCGUAAUGCUGCGCUAGGGUUUUCGUCAAUGAUGGCGCGUGUUGGGUCGAUGGUUGCACCGUUUGUGAUAGAGUUAGGGGAUAAGGCAAGAUGGGCGCCACCUCUUGUAUUUGGAUUAGUACCGCUGGUGGCUGUUUUCGUUGCCUUGUUUUUGCCUGAAACGAAAGGCUGUGAAUUAAUGACGACUUUGGAGGAAGGAGAGCAAUUCGGAAAGAAAGAAGAAACAAAGACGGAAACAAAAACGUAACGUUAUGAUGUUAAAUUAGGUUUAUAGUUGUAGAAAAAUUUUAUGACAUUUUUGGCAACAAAAACUAAGAAAAUCGCAGAAUACAGAUGUAAGUUUUGCUAUUCAUAAGCCAGUCAAUUCACGGGUGAUAAGACGACAUGGUAAACGAGUGUUUACUUGUCAAAUCCUAUAUGAUUUUAGCGUACGAUUGUGUGCCUAAUCUCGGUUUAUUUAUUUUCUUAUUUAAAUAAAGUAUAUCGCAGACGUAUUCUGUAUAGAUUUGUGCGUAUACUGUGACUAUAUAGUCACUAGGCUUAGCCAGUCGUGAGUCGUGACGUCUGUUAUCUAUGCCACAGGGCGGCCCAUGGGCACUGGCAUUCACAAUGGACCAUGCUGGCCCUCUACAAGCCAUCUCAAUUGUGUAGACGGGGUAUGGAGGUAUGAUGGCGAUUGGCGAACGAUUUCUAGGCGUGGCGCGCAAUGUUGUGGCCUGCUGUUAUGUAGGCCAUUGUAGGCCAUUGUGUACUAGAAAGAAAAAUAGAGUGCUCUUGUGUAACUACAAUAAUAUGGACGAGUUCCACUUUUUGUUUAAUAUCUAUUUACAUUUCAUGGUUGGAUAGAUUGGUGGACUUCCUUAGGAGGAGAGAAAUGGUCUUCCUUCCCAAGUGCCUCUAUAAAAAGUUAGGGGAUACUUACCUAGAGCACAGUAUUAUAUUUCCAAAUCGAAUAGAAAACCGUUUAAGUAUGAUAAGAUGAAAAUUGUAUAUCUAUUUUAUUCAACUGUCUGUAAAUAAUGUAAGCAGGUUGUACAAACAGUUUUAUUCAAAAUUUUAAUAUCAACGUUAAGCCUCUUAUUACUUAUUACUUACGCCUGAGACGACGUUGGAAACGCCACUUGACAAAUAAAGAUAGCAACAAUGAUUAGUAUAACCGUAUGUAGUAAGUAUUUUUAUUAAGGUGACGCCGCGUUAAAGUAAAAAAUCGUU